AUGUCUCAAUCAUAUAACCUAUCAAGUGAAAUUCCUGAUUACCCGAUUAAUUACUCCAAUGUGGUACUGCGACUUCAAUUACGAUAUCUAUUCAGUAUGGAAUCAUUUGAGAAUCAUGAUAGAAAUACUAGUCUUCUACCCACACGUCAUUUCAGGGUUAAUAUUCAUCCAGAAUUUUUGAGAACAGCAGAGACAAUCAUAACCACUGAGAAUCAUCAGAAAUAUACGUGUCCAAAGAUAACCAAAGUCUCAUUACAUUACCCACGUGGAUCAAAGCUACCUGAUACCUGGGAAUUGUUUCUUCAAGAAACCUCGGGAGAAACUACCCAACUCUCUUUCCGAAACGCAUUGGAAGCCAGCUGGGACGCAAACAUGUUUCAUGAACGUAUGAAGCCUGAACACCGACUGGAAGAGUCAAUUUUAGAAAUUGAACCUACUUGGUCAGGGGUCAAUCAGUCAGCUGAAGGCGAGUUUCGGCGUUUCGAUUUUUGCCUCCCAUCUCAAGUUUUAUAUUUCCUAGUAACUUUUUAG